UGUUGUCUUGUGUUGUGUUCUACUGUACUGUUGUCUUGUGCUCUGCUCUGUUAUGCUGGGUUGUGCUCUGCUGUGCUGUGUAAGCCGUGCAGCGAGCAGGCAAUGUUAUUCUGGCUGCAUUUCAUCCUCGCAAGCCAGUUGCAAGAGAGACAGCUGUCGUCUUGUCACAAGUUGAGUUACUGAGUCUCCUACCAAGACAAAUCCUCACGGUCUAGAUUUACAAGACGAUUGUUUGCUAGUGGGACUCUUCCCUCGUAUUUAGUGAUGGCCGUUCUAAUUGUCCUCAUUGUGGGAGCUGUCUUGACCACGCUACUGCCUAAAGUUGUGGAAAGUGGAGCGACAGUGGUCCGUAGAGAGCAGGAUGACCAGAAAAUUGAUAUUCAGAAUUCCUUCACCAUUAUCAUGCAGUCCUACAAUAGGACAGACCUACUUCUUAAACUACUGAAUCAUUAUCAGGCCAUUCCAAGUCUGCACAAAAUCAUAGUAGUCUGGAAUAGUGUUGGAAUAAAACCUCCAAAAGAUCUAUGGGAUUCACUGGGGCCACAUCCCAUUCCAGUUAUUUUUAAGGAGCAGACGGUGAAUAGAAUGCGGAACCGACUGGAGCCAUUUCCCGAAUUGGAAACGAAAGCCGUCUUGAUGGUUGAUGAUGAUAUUUUAAUUAGUGCCUACGACCUUGAUUUUGCCUAUUCUGUGUGGCAGCAAUUUCCAGAUCAAAUAGUGGGGUUUGUCCCUCGAAAGCAUGUGACAACAUCUUCAGGAAUUUAUAGCUAUGGCAGUUUUGAGCUCCAAAAUGCAGCAGGUAGAAGUGGUGACCACUACUCCAUGGUGCUCAUUGGAGCUGCAUUUUUCCACACUGUUUACCUUGAGAAAUUUAAAAUCCAGGUCCCAGCUGUCCACACUUUAAUAGAUAAAACACAAAACUGUGAUGAUAUUGCCAUGAACUUCAUAGUUGCAAAGUACACUGGGAAGUCAUCAGGAGUGUUUGUGAAGCCAGUGGACAUGAGGAAUCUGGAAAAAGAUUCCAACAGUGGUUUCAAUGGGAUGUGGCACCGUGCAGAGCACCUACUUCAGAGGUCAUGGUGUUUGAAUCAGCUGGCUGCUAUCUAUGGCAGCAUGCCUUUGAAAUAUUCCAAUAUCAUGAUCUCACAGUUUGGGUUUCCCAACUAUGCAAAUCACAAAACAAAAAGCUGAAGGAUGGCUUUUGAACAACUGCUAGUGCUUCAGUUGUCAUUACGGACAUUAUUCAGCUAGCUGGAGACUGGGCACAGAUUGGAGUCUGUUUUUUGGAAGCAGUGUUGCGUUUUCUCUGCCUGUCCAGCAGAGGGAGAUCUACUAGGAGUGAAUCUUUUGCUUCUAUGAUUAAUAUGCAGGUGAUAUUGUUGGAGCCUGUGUUGGGUUCCUCUUUAGACUUUACAACUGCUCUGAGCCUUCCUGUAACUAUCCUACAAAUGCUUUAAUUGUAAGGACCUAUUGUUAUUUUAUCAAUUAUCUUUACAGUUUUUGUCUGUGAGACAAUCAUUGUCUUAUAGGAUUGGAACAACUAUUGCAGUUAGCCUGUGGAGUAGUCAAUUUUGUACUGUUAAAGUAACAUCAAUGUCUUUACCAAUGAUUGAUGACUGUUCUACACUGAUAAAAUACUUUGGUUAUUCCUAUAAUCACUGCUUCUGUGGAUCUGAUUUAUUUCACUCCUGCCGUAAUUAUUUAAAAAAUAUUAUUGUUGACUUUAAUGUGCUUGUAUAUUCUCAAGAUACUAUUAUGUGUAUACAUCCAGUGAAUAAAUAGAUCUUGCGUAUUACAGGAAUA